CGAGUUUUGGGGACACCUUUUUCUCGGUAAAACCUCCCACCAGAUUCUUCACACCACGCCUCACGGGGUCUGACCACUGCACGCAGGACUUACAUGCGUCUGUUCAAAAAUAUGGUGGUAACGUCCCUGGUUUCUCACAACAAGCCGUCAAGCUUUCGGAUUUCUACAAGACCGGCAGGAAACGAUUUCUACAUUUCUUGAGCUGGUGAACCCUGGCUUCAGGAGAAGGCGACAUGCACGGCACCUGGGCCGGAACAGGUAACGGCGGAGGCGGCGGCGGUGGCGGUGCCAGCGGUCUGCGCGGCUUCGCCAAGCUGGCUAACCGGCCUCCUCCCAACCAGCAGACGGGGUGCCGAGACCCGUGCGCCGAGAUCCCGCUGUGCCGCGCCAUCGUGACUCUCAUCCUGGGCGGCCUGCUCCUCAUCGCCGGCAUCGUCAUCACCGCGCUGCACUACUCGGGACAGCUGCAAGGGGACGAUACCGGCACGGUGGGGCCCGUGCUGCUCUGUCUCGGCUUCAUGUUCUGUCUCCUCGGCAUCGUCUGGAUCCCCAUCUUGAGGCGGAAGGAGGCCCGGCGACAGGGUACGGACUUUUACGAGGCGCAGGCGGAGCGGGUACGGCUGGAGGCCGCGCGGCAGAAGGAGCUGGCAGAGACCGAGCGGCUACACGGAGGGAACCCCAUUGUUUAGAUUGAAACAGACUUUGAUAAGCCCCGGUUACACAGCCCAACUUGGCUCUCGCGGACACUAGCCGACUACAGCCGACCUAGCUCUCGAAUCACUCCUAACCAUGGCCAUGUUUCGGCUAUGUGUUACCCGGGCUUUGUACUACAGGGACAGCAAACUGGGUAUGAUAUACGACCUGGCAGCGAUAAGAACAACGGGUAUCUGCAUCAAUCGAGCUGUACCGGUGUGGUAUUCGGGAUACAAUAACCAAGCAUUACAGCACCGUCGUUAGUGAUUCAUCUUAGAUAUCCGGCGGGACAUUUGUACAAAAAAGAACAGGUUUCUUGACUCAACUCUACAUAGAUGAAAGUUCUAAUCUCCGGGCAGAUUUACCAGUGGCAUAAUAUAGUAUCAAAGCUGGCUAAGGAGUAUAGCUGGCCAAACACACUCCUAGGCCGGCUUCACUCCUAUGACAGCUUUUGACACUAUCGUAUGCUACCGUAAGAUCUGCUUGGAGAUUUGAAAGUUCAAGGAUCUUCUCUCGUCCAAGAUCAUAAAAUUUGUUUAUCGGGUAAACUGAUAUUUCAAAGACACCAUUGAACACGCAUCAGCUGCCUUGGUGAUGUUCGCAGAAGCCAGACAUUCGACGGGCGGUAAAAUGAGUUUUCGGUUGGUCCAGGACAGAUAGAAACUAUCUCGGAGCCAAGAUAGAAACGAGAUUGUUUGAGUUAAUGGAAGACAUCACACAGAAGUGGGCACGCGGUGACAUGUAACGCUGCACGCCGUUGGCUGUACUCUCUACUGCAGUGCAUAAUUUAUGAUUUGCAGAAGCAAUCUGGUGAUAUUGCCGACAUGCUCAUACUAUAAUAAGGAUUUGUGACUAUUUUUUUACAGGUUUAAGUUCAAUUCUGAUAUCUACAAUUAUCAUUUUCACCUUCUUGUAAGUCUGAAGCCUUGUUAUCUUGCUCUAGAUCUCCAAAAAUGCUUAUGUUGCUACGACG